AUGGAGAACGUCCUCGACGACAUUUCACAUCGCCGAUACAACCCCCUCCGUGGGUCCCAUAUUCUGGUCUCUCCGCAUCGCACCAAGCGUCCUUGGCAAGGACAACAGGAAAGCCCCUCCAAGACCACCCUGCCCGACUAUGAUCCCGCAUGCUAUCUGUGUCCCGGGAAUAAGCGCGCUCAGGGCGAUGUCAACCCCAAGUACGAGAGCACCUUUGUAUUUGUCAACGACUACAGCGCCGUGAAAGAGGAGCAGGCCGAAUACAAUGCACCCAGCGAUGAUGACCUCGAAUCGCGCUUCCUCCGCGCCGAGCCCGUGACGGGCAAAUGCUACGUGCUGACAUUCUCGUCAGCGCACAACCUCACCCUGGCCGACCUGUCCCCGCGCGACAUCGUACCGGUAAUCGACGCAUGGACCGAGAUCUACGCGGCACACCUAUCGCCGACGUCCCCGCUGGUCGCGAACGCCCCGACAACAACGCUGCAGCCCACAUCGCCCAACACCAGCGUGACUAAGCCCAAGGAGCAGUACCGCUACAUGCAGAUCUUCGAGAACAAAGGUGCCGCCAUGGGAUGCUCGAACCCGCACCCGCACGGCCAGGUGUGGACCACCAGCACGCUGCCCGAAGAGCCGGCCGCCGAACUGGAGCAGCUGUGCCGCUACCGACAGGCACACGGCGGCCACCAUCUGCUGGAGGACUACGCCGAGCUGGAGAGCCGCAAGCAGGACCGCGUGGUGUUUGAGAACGAGGCAUUCCUGGUUGUCUGUCCCUGGUGGGCGACGUGGCCGUUUGAGACCAUGGUGGUGAGCCGCACGCACAAGCGCGCCCUGGUUGAUCUCUCCGACGCCGAAAAAGUCCUGCUGGCCGAGGCCAUUGCCGAAAUCACCCGCCGCUAUGAUAAUCUGUUCGAGACCCAUUUCCCCUAUAGCAUGGGUAUCCACCAGGCGCCUCUAGAUGGCUCGCCCGAGGAGGUCGAUGCAUCAUACCUGCACUUGCACUUCUACCCGCCGCUGCUGCGGAGUGCUACCGUGCGCAAGUUUUUGGUUGGGUAUGUUCCAUCUGAUCUUCCAUCUUAUCAUCCAUACAAUGCCGCUAACUUUAUCAGAUAUGAACUCAUGGCCGAGCCUCAACGUGAUAUCACGCCAGAGCAAGCUGCUGCCAGAUUACGCAACUGCGGGGGCGAGUUGUACCGGAAGAAGCUGGACGGGUAA